AACAUUCUCUCUCACUAGAAAGUUAACAUCUCUCUCUCAAUAAAAUCAGUGUGAUCGAAACGGUCGAAGCACAUACAAGCCCCCCUUUUCUCUCUCUAAAACAACUCUCUCUCUCUCUCAUCGAGCCAUGGCCGCUUCUUCUCUGACUCUAUCCCAAGCCAUCCUCGCCCGCACCACACCUCACCGUGGCUCGAUCCCCAACUCCGACCGCCUCUCUCUCUCUACUCUCUCUCUCCCCACCUUCUCAGGCCUCAAAUCCUCCUCUCCCUCAUCUUCACUCUCCAUUCGCACCACCAGCACCUCUCGCCAGAAUCUGAACUCGCGCCACCACCCAGUCACCGCCUCCGCCUCCGCCUCCGCCAAAACCCUCGAAAAAACCGAGACAUCUCUCGUCGAGAAAUCCGUCAACACCAUCCGUUUCCUCGCGAUCGAUGCAGUGGAGAAGGCGAAUUCGGGUCACCCGGGUCUGCCCAUGGGCUGCGCGCCAAUGGGUCACGUACUGUACGAUGAGGUCAUGAGGUACAACCCUAAAAACCCGUAUUGGUUCAACCGUGAUCGCUUUGUCCUCUCAGCUGGACACGGUUGUAUGCUUCAGUAUGCUCUGCUUCACCUCGCUGGAUAUGAUAGUGUGAAGGAAGAAGAUUUGAAGAAUUUCCGUCAGUGGGGAAGCAAAACCCCAGGUCACCCUGAGAAUUUUGAGACCCCUGGUGUUGAAGUCACUACUGGUCCUCUUGGUCAGGGUAUUGCCAAUGCUGUUGGUCUGGCCCUCGCUGAGAAGCAUUUGGCUGCUCGUUUCAAUAAACCAGACAAUGAGAUUGUUGAUCACUACACAUAUGCGAUACUUGGGGAUGGUUGUCAAAUGGAGGGUAUUUCGAAUGAAGCUUGUUCUCUUGCUGCGCACUGGGGACUUGGAAAGCUGAUUGCUUUCUAUGAUGACAACCAUAUCUCUAUUGAUGGUGACACAGAAAUUGCAUUCACUGAGAAUGUUGAAACCCGUUUUGAGGGUCUUGGGUGGCAUGUUAUAUGGGUGAAGAAUGGUAACACAGGUUAUGAUGAUAUCCGUGCUGCAAUCAAGGAAGCAAAGUCUGUCAAAGACAAACCCACUUUGAUCAAGGUGACUACUACGAUAGGUUACGGGUCCCCCAACAAGGCAAACUCAUACAGCGUACAUGGGAGUGCACUAGGUGGCAAGGAAGUUGAUGCCACUAGGAAGAAUCUUGGAUGGCCUCAUGAGCCUUUCCAUGUGCCUGAGGAUGUGAAGAAGCAUUGGAGCCGCCAUACCCCUCAGGGCGCUGCUUUUGAAGCUGAAUGGAAUGCCAAGUUUGCUGCAUAUGAGAAGAAGUAUAAGGAGGAAGCUGCAGAGUUCAAGUCUAUCAUCAACGGCGAAUUUCCAGCUGGUUGGGAGAAGGCUCUUCCAACAUACACGCCAGAGAGCGCUGCUGAUGCCACCAGAAAUCUCUCUCAACAAUGCCUUAAUGCCCUUGUAAAGGUUCUCCCAGGCCUUCUUGGUGGCAGUGCUGAUCUUGCUUCCUCCAAUAUGACCCUGCUGAAAAUGUUUGGGGAUUUCCAAAAGAACACACCAGAAGAACGGAAUGUCAGGUUUGGUGUUCGUGAACAUAGUAUGGGAGCCAUCUGCAAUGGGAUUGCCCUGCACAAUCCUGGCCUCAUUCCUUACUGUGCAACUUUCUUUGUUUUUACUGACUACAUGAGAGCGGCUAUCAGGCUUUCUGCCUUAUGUGAAGCUGGAGUUAUAUAUGUGAUGACCCAUGAUUCAAUUGGGCUUGGAGAAGAUGGACCAACACAUCAGCCUAUUGAGCACUUGGCUAGCUUCCGAGCUAUGCCCAACAUUUUAAUGCUCCGUCCAGCUGAUGGUAAAGAGACAGCUGGUGCAUACAAGGUUGCACUCCUCAACAGGAAGAGACCAUCAAUUCUUGCCCUCUCUCGACAAAAGCUGCCCCAUCUUCCCGGAACUUCCAUUGAAGGAGUUGAAAAAGGUGGCUAUGUUAUAUCUGACAAUUCUUCGGGUAACAAGCCAGAUGUCAUCUUGAUUGGAACUGGUUCUGAAUUGGAAAUUGCUUCCAAAGCUGCUGAUGAACUAAGAAAGGAAGGGAAGGCUGUGAGAGUUGUCUCCUUCGUUUCUUGGGAGCUAUUUGAUGAGCAAUCAGAUGCUUAUAAGGAAAGUGUCCUGCCAGCAGCUGUAUCAGCCAGGGUUAGUAUUGAAGCUGGAACAACAUUUGGGUGGGAGAAGAUUGUUGGAAGCAAAGGGAAGGCGAUUGGGAUUGACCGGUUUGGAGCAAGUGCACCAGCAGGAAAAAUAUACAAGGAGUUCGGCAUCACAGCUGAGGCUGUUGUAGCGGCAGCCAAGGCAAUUUGCUAGGAUUGUUUACUCGAGGUUCUUGGUUGCAGUUGAUGGGGGACCAUGGAAACUGUUUACACUUAAGUUCUGAGUUUGCAAUUUUACAGUGAACUUGAGUGACUCAGGCAACUGCUUAAACUCUUACAUUUUAUAAUAAAAGAAGAUAAAAGUUUUUGUCACUUUCAUUUUUUUUUUUUUCCCAGUGGAGCAGCUGAGUCUGUAUACUGAAUUAAGAGAUCAAAGAGCAUAGAGGGUUUAUGGUCUUCAAGAAUUUGUACCCAAGUCGAGUUUUGUAGUGUUAUUUGAUUGAUUGUUGAGUUUUUAUAGUGUUUACAUUUUAGUUAAUUCAGAAGCAAAUGAAUGAUUUCAUUAUAAUUCCAA